AAAUCAAAUCCGGUUUCCCAUAUUUGCAAGGUUUGAUUCGAUUUUGCAUUACGAUUUUGAAUUAAUGGCAAAGAAUUAAUAAUUUGAUUUGGCGAAACAAAUUAAAGUCAGAGUACGAAUAGCACAAAAGUCGUAAGUGAGAACUGAGAAGUACGGAGUAUUUAGCAACGGGGAGAGUAUAAUAUAGAUUCCGGGUGAACGUAAAAUCUAUUUAUUUGCAGAAAUGGAGGGUUCACUGCCGUUGACGACGGCGGCGAAGGGAGGAGAAAGAAGAGGCGUCGGAAGGUCAUCUGCGUCGUCAUACACUUCUGCCACCACCAAACCUUCUCUUCUAUUGGCCUUCCUUUCUUGCGUCGCUUGUCUCUACGUCGCCGGCAGGUUGUGGCAGGAUGCUGAGAACCGAACUUUACUGGUCAACCUUCUCCAGAAAAACUCAGACCAGAGACCAAAGGUUCUCACAGUAGAGGAUAAGCUUAUGGUGUUAGGAUGCAAAGACUUGGAGAAAAGGAUUGCAGAGGCAGAGAUGGAUUUGACACUAGCUAGGAGUCAAGGAUAUCUAAGAAAUCAACUGAGACAUGAAAGUUCUACCGAUAAGAAGCUUCUUGCUGUUAUCGGAGUUUACACCGGAUUUGGAAGUCGUUUGAAGCGCAAUACUUUUCGAGGCUCGUGGAUGCCUAGAGGUGACAAUUUGAAAAAGCUUGAGGAGAAAGGAAUUGUCAUACGUUUUGUGGUUGGUCGGAGUCCAAAUCGCGGUGAUAGCUUGGAUCGUGGCAUUGAUGAGGAAAACCGCCAAACUAAAGAUUUCUUGAUUAUUGAAGGGCACGAGGAGGCUCAAGAAGAGUUGCCGAAGAAAGCAAAGUUCUUCUUCAGUACAGCUGUGCAAAAUUGGGAUGCUGAAUUUUAUGUUAAAGUUGAUGACAAUAUUGACCUUGAUCUUGAUGGGUUGAUUGGACUUCUUGAAAGCCGUCGUGGUCAGCAAAGUGCGUAUAUUGGAUGUAUGAAGUCCGGAGAAGUGGUAGCGGAAGAGGGAAAACAAUGGUACGAGCCUGACUGGUGGAAGUUUGGUGACCAGAAAUCGUACUUCCGACAUGCUUCCAGUUCACUUUUAAUACUAUCCAAAAGUUUAUCAGAGUACAUUUUUGUGAACAGUGUAUCUUUGAAGACGUAUGCACAUGAUGAUACAUCAGUUGGUUCUUGGAUGAUGGGAUUGCAAGCCACUUACAUAGAUGAUAACCGUCUUUGCUGUAGUACCAACCGACAUGACAAAGUGUGCUCUGUGGCAUGAUAGGGGUGGAGGACAGAGGGAGGAACCAGAAGGAGCAUUUGGGGGGCCGGGGUGUGCGAUGGGUGUGGGGCUCGAGUUAGGGAUUGUAGAGAAAGAAUGUGAAGCCCCAGGCCCUGCAUAAGCUACAGGAUGUUAGGAACCCACCGCGCCAUAACGAGAAAUCAUUAUUAGUUCAUCCACUAUUGAUUAAAACAAACGCCUUAUACACAAGUUGUUAUACUCAGCUUAUGAGUGUCAAAAUUUUGUGUCCUUGUCUUGCCAAUGAAUAUCACAUCUGUCAUAA